AGAAAGAAAACGCUGUGCAAAAAAACUAAGAAAAAAUUUGCAACUAAAUUUUUUGCCGAAAAAUAUAAUAAUUAUUGUAAAACAUUGGUGCUUUUAUUAAGACCAAUAUAAUUGUAAAUACUUGCAAAAUAUAAAAAAUACAAUUUUACAUUUCCUAAAAUAAAGUUCGUAAUUGAAAUUGAUUGAGUAGCGCAGCCGAAUUUCAUAAUGGAGGUAAAUAAUGAAAAUUUGCAAUUGUUAGCCGGCUAUUUGCAACAAACUUUAAGUCCCGAUCCCAAUAUUAGAAGACCGGCGGAGAAAUUGCUAGAAUCUACAGAAACUCAACGUAAUUAUGCGGUGUUGUUAUUGAACUUAAUCGACAAGGCGGAUGUGGACAUGACAAUACGUGUGGCUGGUUCCAUUGCUUUCAAGAACUAUAUUAAGCGUAAUUGGGCUAUAAAUGAGGAUUCUGAAAUUCCGGAUAAAAUACACAUUGACGAUCGCAACACUAUCAAAACCCUGAUCGUCACUCUUAUGUUGCGUUCUCCUCCGGCUUUGCAAAAACAACUUAGUGACGCUGUUAGUAUUAUUGGGAAAUAUGAUUUUCCUAAGAAAUGGCCACAACUCAUCGACGAAAUGGUUGAAAAAUUUGCCACUGGUGAUUUUAAUGUUAUAAAUGGUGUUUUACAAACAGCCCAUUCACUGUUCAAACGUUAUCGUUACGAAUUCAAGUCCCAAAAUCUUUGGGAAGAAAUCAAAUUGGUGUUGGAUCGUAUGGCAAAGCCUUUAACCGAUUUACUUUUGGCCACUAUGCAAUUAACAAAAGUUCAUGAGAACAAUACGGAUGCAUUGAAAGUCAUCUAUGGAUCAUUGGUGUUGGUGUGCAAAGUGUUUUAUUCGUUAAAUUCACAAGAUUUGCCAGAGUUCUUUGAGGAUAAUAUGGCUACUUGGAUGAAAGCUUUUCAUGAGCUCUUGACCGUUGAUGUGCCCUGUUUGCAUACGGGUGACGAUGAAGAUGCGGGUGUAUUGGAGCAUUUACGUUCACAGGUUUGUGAAAAUAUCGGCAUGUAUGCCCAAAAGUAUGAUGAGGAAUUUGCUCCGUAUAUGGAAACCUUUGUAACAGCUGUAUGGGAGUUGCUGGUUAAAACUGGCAUGCAAACAAAAUAUGAUGCGUUGGUCUCCAAUGCUUUGCAAUUCUUGUCUGUGGUAGCAGAACGUUCACAAUAUCGCAAAAUUUUCGAAAAUCCCGAAAUUUUAGCAAAUAUUUGUGAAAAGGUGGUCAUACCCAAUUUGGAUUUCCGUCAAUCGGAUGAAGAACUUUUCGAGGACAGCCCCGAAGAGUACAUACGUCGUGAUAUUGAAGGCUCCGAUAUUGACACUAGACGCCGUGCUGCUUGUGAUUUGGUUAAGACUUUAUCUCAAAAUUUCGAAGCUAAGAUUUUUGGCAUAUUCGGGCAAUAUUUGGAGAUUUUGUUGGCCAAAUAUAAGGAAAAUCCUGCUGUAAAUUGGCGUGCCAAGGAUACCGCCAUUUAUCUGGUGACUUCAUUUGCUUCACGCGGUGGUACCCAGAAGCAUGGUAUUACCCAGGCUUCGGAGUUGGUGCCUUUGCCGGAAUUUUGUGCUCAACAAAUUGUACCCGAGUUGGAGAGACCAAAUAUUAAUGAACUUCCUGUAUUGAAAUCGGCGGCUCUUAAAUUUAUUAUGGUAUUUCGUAGUCUGUUGGGCCAGCAAACCCUUGCGGCCGCCAUGCCUCAUUUAAUACGCCAUCUACCGGCUGAAAGCGUUGUGGUUCACAGCUAUGCAGCCUGUGCAUUAGAAAGGAUUUUCACCAUGAAAGAUCCCUCUGGAGCUUUGAUUAUUGGUCCUCAACAUUUAGCUCCUGUGGCUAAUGACCUUUUAAGCGCUUUGUUUGCUACCUUAGCAUUGCCCGGCUCCAAUGAAAAUGAGUAUGUAAUGAAGGCUAUAAUGAGAAGUUUUUCGUCAUUACAAGAGCACUCCUUGCCAUUUAUGGGUGUGGCUUUACCCCGUCUAACAGAGAUUUUAACUAUGGUAGCUAAAAAUCCCUCCCGGCCACAUUUCAAUCAUUAUUUGUUCGAAACCAUAUCCUUGGCCAUCAAAAUUGUUUGCAAAACUGAAGCUGCUGCUGUUAGUUCAUUCGAAGAGGUAUUGUUUCCCGUUUUUCAGGGCAUAUUACAACAAGAUAUUUUGGAAUUUAUGCCUUAUGUAUUCCAAAUGUUGUCUUUAUUGUUGGAAAUACGUGAAGGUUCGGGGGCUAUACCCGAACCAUAUUGGGCUCUAUUUCCCUGUUUGUUAGCUCCUCCACUAUGGGAUAGAUCAGGCAACGUUACACCUCUUAUACGUCUACUCUGUGCAUUUAUUAAACAAGGUUCGGUUCAAAUUGUAGCCAUGGAGAAAUUAAAUGCCAUUUUGGGUAUAUUCCAAAAAAUGAUUGCUUCUAAAGCCAACGAUCAUGAAGGAUUUUAUCUUAUACAAAAUCUGUUGACUUAUUAUCCUCCUAACGAUUUGCAGGCCAGCAUGCGUCAAAUAUUUGCUUUGUUAUUCCAACGUUUGUCAUUGUCCAAGACUACGAAAUAUGUGAAAGGGAUUAUUGUUUUCUUCUGUUACUACUCCGCCAAAUUGGGUGCACCAUCUUUGGUGGAACUAAUCGAUCAAAUUCAAGCCAAUAUGUUUGGCAUGGUAGUCGAUCGCGUAUUCAUUCCAGACAUGGCUAAAGUAUCCCUUGAAUUGGAGCGUAAAAUUGUUGCUGUGGGCAUUUCGAAUAUAUUGUGUGAAUGCCCAGCCAUGUUGGCACCACCCUACAACCAAAAUUGGUCUAGAUUAUUGCAGGCCUUAGUUGAGCUUUUCGAAAUGCCUCCAGAUAAGACUGGUCUAGAGGGUGAUAAUUUUGUGGAACCCGAUGAGGGUUCUGGUUAUCAGGCUGCAUUUUCUCAGCUAAGUUAUGCUCAACCUAAAACCCAAGACUUCCUGGCUGAAGUCUCAGAUGGUCGCAAAUUUUUAGCCGAUUCCUUGGCUAAAUUGUCUCAGGUACGACCUGGCGAAGUACCCCAGAUGGUGGCUGCUAUAGGCGAGAAUCACAAACAGGCUUUGCAAAAAUAUUGCGCUCAAUAUGGUGUACGUAUUAUUUAAGUUGUUUGUUGUGUAAGUUUUCCUUAUACUCUAUUUUUUUACUGUUUUUAUAUUAUUAAAUGUUUUCAAAAUUUUGUUAAAUUUUUCUACUCAAUCAUUAUUUCAUUUUCGGCAUUAAAUUAUAGAAUUAACUAACAACUUUGUAAAAGUAUAUCGCAAAAAUAAAUAUAAAAUAUCUUAAAAAA